AUGCUGCGCUGUUCGACUGAGGAGCCAUCCUCCGCAUUAAUCCCGGAACUCGUGGAAGAUUACCUGACCUUUGUGAAGAAUGUUCAGCCCUUCUUUGCUGACUGCCUGCGACCAGUUGAGACGCCUGAGUGUCCAGCUAGAGACCAACCCUGUUCACUUAGUUCACCGCAGCUGCGACCUUCAAGUCCUUCCGACCUUGACGAUUGUGAGUAACAAGACCUCCGUUUUUUGCACUUGCUGUCUAUAAACGAAUAAAACCGCAGCCCCGUGUGGCCCGAGUGACUUACUUGGACAUCAACUUCUGACGGCCCACAGUAGUUAUUUGGCAGGAAACCAGCUCUCCAUGAUUGGCCCUCAUCCGGUCCAACCAAAGUGCGCGGACCGUAACUCCCGGUUGUCCGAAAACCUGGUCAAGUCUGGAUCUCCUAAGAGCGGGGCUGUGGGGCGGCCGGGCAACGAGGUGGUUUCCUAUAUUUUAAGGGCAGUCUAUCUAGUCCAUCUUUUCUGCGCGCCGGUUUGGGGUCCAAUCACUAUGACGAAUGCCAUUGGAUGGAGCCCUGUCGGGUAGCGGACGACAUUCGCCGUGUCCAAUUGCUUGUGGCCUGUUUUUCGGAUCAGUAUCCAACUGCCGCAUGGCCCACCACUGCUUAUUCUUCAGGCCGUGAAAGCCUGCUUAUCUCACGACUGGCCUUCAAUGAGGGCCUUUCCAUCAUCCGUCACCAGUGGACAACCAUGUGUUCCACAGCAGACAGGUCCCAUCCUCCCAGGGCUUUCUGUCGUCUCGGCGACGACCUGGUUGGUGCCUGAAGCUGCAGCCUUAGUGACCAUGAGUAUCAGCUCGUCUAUGCUCUCCCUUGACAGAAAGAACGUCUUAUUCACGCUUAUGUUAGAUCAGUACACAAAGUAGAUGGAAGUCAUUUCACUCCUUAUUGUUGCCUUCGAGGAUAUCACAUCAACUUUAACCACACACACACGCAGUAAGUUCGUCCUAUCUACUGCCAGAAGUCGGAGGACAGUGGGGGCUGAUUUAUUCUGUGCACAGGGCAGGUUACCGUAAAUUGGCAGUUUGCUUGUUGGUCAGAACAAGACCUCUCCGUUCGGGAGCGUGUGGGUAGCGGUCUGUGUGCUUUGCGCGAGCCUGGCAUGGUUAGGAGGUCAAGGUCAGAUGGGGGGGGUGCAGGGGUGACUCAGCGCGGCUGGACAAGGAGCGCCUCCGAUCAAGUCCACGGGGCAGGGGCAUGCAUGAAGGUUGGCCGCGAUUCCCGACGGGUAGGCAUCUGAAAAUGGGUCAGUGAAACGGCUUCUAAAGCGCCCCCCAGACAUCAAAUGAAGUGAGGGGGUUUAUGUACUAACCAGCCGCAAAUCCGUCGAACUAGAUCAGAAGGUUGCGCGUUUGGAUCACGUAGUGGUCACCAAUAUGCAGCACUCAAGGACGUCAGGUCAUAUUUAACCACUGGAGCGACUCCUACACUCUACUGAUACCCGUCAGUACAGAGACAGUCGCUUUGUUACCUUCUAAUUUCCUCAGAAAUUAACUGCGAAUUUUGAGUAGAUUGGUAUAUACUAAGGUCUAUAGACUCAGACCGAAGUUUGAUGUGUGAAUAUGUGGGCCGAAGUCCAUCAGCCACGACGGGGUAACCGCGUAAUAUUCAUUAACUGCCGACAAGCAGCUAGUAGUAUAUUUUAGGGUUACGAGAUGCCAUAAUAGCAGCACCUGUACCUGUGCUGCUAGUAUGGUUUCCUGUGACCCUAAAGUUAAUCGCUUUGUUAUCGACAAUUUUGGUGUUCCGAAUCUUUAGGAUUGGAACUCCGCUUCCCUCUAAUCCUAGAUCAAAGCCCACGACCUGUUGGCCACUGGAGAAGACUGAUACGAUUACGGUUGGAACUCAUGACGGGCCACCAAAACUUCUCGUCAAAUAGCAGUUUACGGCGUAAUCUACGUCUUUCCCAGGGCGUAUAAAACUGACUGUUAGCCUUCGGAUUGUCUUUUUGUCGAAUUCGUCAUGACGUGUCUCCUGAACUCUGUUCGGAUUUAUCGGAAGGAACGCCUCGUAAUCUGGUCCUCCGUCUAACCGCUUCCAAAAUAGAGGUAAAACCAAGGGAUAAUUUAACCCGCAAGAGGCGCUCGAUUCUUUCUCAAUGAUGCGGUCUUGUGCUAAAACAGAUCCUCACAAAUCGCCCUCUGUGUAUGCACCAGACAGAAGCAUUUCUGCGGCAGUCGUCGAUGACGCCAGUUCCUCGACAGCGCGUCACCAAGCCUCUCACCUGCGCCGCAGUAUCAGCAACAGCAAAACACUUCUUGAGCCUCGGAACGGUUUGCCGGAACAGCAGACACACAGGAGCCAACAGAACUGUGGUUCUCCGCGGCACGGCAGCAACAAUAAAGGUUUCAAUCCCCCCCCUCCUUCGUCUACCUCGACUGGUCCGCGGCCUCCUUCUGACGACUGCUUUCUUGAGGUGCUGUCUCCUAUAGUCAUAUUUUGCUGACCCUGUCGCAUCAUUUCAGUUUAUUUGAGGGAAACAUAGGUGUUGAUCCUUUGAACUCCCUAUUUGUUACAAGGAGGCGAAUUAUAUCAACAAUUUGAAAAUGGAAACAUCAAACAGCUGCAGAAGGUUUUUUCAGAUUGGCAAAGUUUUCGAAACCAGACAGAUAAACGAAUUGUUCCAAGUGUUAAAGACAUUAACGUUACUUAAUGUGCUGUACAGUAGUCUGUCUAUGUAUAAUUGGUGGGAUCUCAAUAUCUAGGGGAGUCGAAUUGAAUGCCAACACUCACGUUCACCGGAUCUGGGACAAUGAUAAAAAACAAACGUUACUGAAAUACAUGCAGUAGUAUCAUAACAUUAAUAAACUGUUCGAACGGAAUGCUAAGACGAUGUCGGUCGGGUGACAUUAUGACGUUUCGUGGUACGCUGGUCCGACUUGCUCCUCUCCUCCUCACGAGGACGUACCAAUGAACUUUUCAGGUGGAGGACCCGGAACAGGCUGCCGCACUAGCCCUCCCCAUUGGUCGGUAUGCCGUUUGUCCACGGCCAACGCCGGUUAGGGACGGCGGGGACGGACCUUCGGUUUCCGAGGUCGCUGGGAGAACGCGUGAGGCUGAAGGCGUGGCAGAAACCACACAAUCAGCGGCAAUCCUUAACAGCGAGGGUGUCAGGCACGCUGCAAACUCCGAUUCCGCACAAGCGGCCUCCUCACCGAGUCCAGCGGUAGGAUCUUAUUUUUCGUGCAUACUGCCACUCCAUAUUACUUUAAACCGACCAGAGUAGUGUAUAAACACAAUAUGCGAUCUCAGUCAGUUAAAAAAUAUAAGUCUAUCUACCAAUAGGGUGUGCUCUGAGGAUCUCUCCACUCCACACUGACUUAAAAACGACAAUUUGACUACUGCAAGGAGGGAAACGUUUUCAUUCCUAAGAUAUUUUGCAGGCCCAAUCCAAUCUUGUCUUCCGCCAUACCAGUUUUGGAGUGUGCGAGAUCUGGCAUAUCACAGCAUGCUCUCGACAGCGUCUCGCCAUUGGCUGCGGCUACAGUGCCUCCUUAGGACCUGAUUGGUCCGUGUUUAUAGUCCUUUCUUCUUGCUGCAGAUUGGACAAAGUGCCAGCCAGCAUGAACGGGGCGCCAUGAAUACACGCAGUUUUUUAUUUAAUGGGGAUGACUUACAGGCUUUAACACAUUUUAUCGUGGCCGCUUGUGUUUUGCUUUUCUGCCAUGCUAGUAGCUUGGGACAAUAGUCGAGCACGAUUACAGAGUAUCAGGAGGGGGUCAUAACACCCGUUCCCAAGUUCUGAAGUGUGCGGGUAGUUUUAAAUUCAAAUGUGAUAGGAAGCGUAUGGGGAGAGAUGCCGGCCAAAAUUCCCAUGGGUGCCUUUAGCUAGAAGCAAGUACUUCAGGUGGCAAACUGCGAGAGCUUCACCGAGUCACGGGAUGCUCUUGCGCUGAAUUCCAGGGAGUUACCUAUUUCAGUGUUCCCGACACUAGCCGAAACCUUAGCCCUAACCCCCUGGCAUUUAGCGUUGGGCCACCUGUAAUGUCCAAGUACCUAUACCCGUCUUUCACCUUUAAAUAUCUCAGAGGUAGGAAUUGUUUUCGUUAAAAAUUGAAAUAUUACAAGACGUAAACUUUUGUUUCGGAAUUUGACGUUGUCUAUUCAAUACAGUCAGAAAGUCUUUGGCUAGGAGCCAGCCAAUAUUGACUGCCGACUACGUACAUUAUGUGAAUAAUUACACCUUAAAGAUUUGCCCCUGGACAGUUGGCACACAGCGCAGCAGUAUCAGUGGUCGCAGUUUUGACCUCUUUGUUGUCCUGGCUCGCCCCGCCGUUUAUUCUUGCAGCCUUCCCAAACUCUCAUAUCUAGUUGAUGACAGAGUUUUGAGGAUUUUAGUUGGCUGAUCGCAGGCAGAUGAGUGAGUUUCUCUUGCUACAACAUCCCUCAGAUCUCCUGCUGCUUCCUCUUUUUGCAGUUUGUGCUCUUGGAGCAGGGUCUGGGCAGGCCCAUCGAUGACAGCCGGCUCGCCAACGGCGACUUUCUGCCCCUGACCUCCUCGAGUUGUGCUGACCUCCCCAGCGACCUGGUUCUGGAGGCCGCCACUGGUCGCAUUUUUCACCGUCCCACUGGUCGUUUGGCCGCCCCGCUCACAGAGGCAGAUCAGACGGCUGGGUUGGCCGGUGAACGGGAUGUGGAGAUCCCUACCUUGCCCCUGUAUGUCAGGGUCAAGACGCUCUCCCCAACCUCCUCGCUCGUUGUUCGAUCGGACGGGGCCAGCUUCAAGGUGAAACUCCUUGCGCCUUCCGGCCUAUUUGUGUGCGUGUGUGUGCAUGUGAAUCUGAGGAGUGUGUGCGAUGACCAGGUGGGAGUAGUCACUUUUGUCGGCGGAAGGUGUGCGGAGCCCCGUAACCAACCGGCCUGGGGGACCAAAUCGGAUGUAGGCAGCCAGUGUUUCCCAAAAUGUUGGUAAAUUUAGUGUGGGGUCCUAUUCCGCUAUAAGUAGCACAGGUAGACAGCUUGUGUUUUACCUCAUCAGGAGUCAUCUGAUCCGUGCUUACCGUUGGAUCAAGAUGAGUAUGGGAACCGAGAGUUAGAACAGUGCUGCGAAAGUCUUCCACACGCCCAGGUUAUCUUUAUGCCUCUCACCCAUCCGAUGACAGUUCAGCCUUCGCGAGCGACGACAUCUACUGUGUGCGAGUAGCGGUAGCUUAUAGUGAGCAGACUUGCGCAGCUGGUAAAACACUCUCUUCUCCCUCUUACUUACUUGUACUUGGUACGGCUGCGAUCCUGCCAGAUCUAGCCGGCCUCGAUGAUGUCCCGAAGUGUAUCUCUCCACGCGUGACGAUCCGCGGCAGCAGAUUUGGAUAGUUCCACCCAUUUUCUUCGCCAACGACGGAGACUGAAUACCGAAGGUCCAAGAACCACCUCCAUGUCUUGGCGAACUGUGUCGAGCCAGGUUUUGAACUGACCCCCUCUUCGACGCCUCCAAUAGGGUAACGGUGCCGGAUCGAGGGCAGUAACAGUGAGCUCCUGAGGUAGACGACGAAGAACAUGUCCAAGCCACCUCAGUCAUCUUUCUUGGAUGGCCUGGGUUAUCCUUGCGAUGUUGUCGCAGCGAGCGCGGGCUGUCUCAUUUGAGACGAUGUCGGUGUACUUCACUCGAAGGAUGGUCAUCAAGCAGUGCUGGUCAAAUACCUCCAGGUUUCGCUCGUCCUUCAAGCGCACAGCUCAGCAUUCACAACUAUAAAGAAGGGCAGACCGGACAGACGCACGGUACACGCGAAUCUUAAUGGCGAUGGAGAUGUCGCGCCGGAUCCACGGGCAUUUUCUAAGGCUUGAGAAAACCCGUUGGGCAGCAUCCAUUUGGGAGGCAAGGUCAUCCUUACUCUGGUUAUUCGGCAGAAACCUCGCCGCGAGGUAUUUAAAACUGUCUACUUCUUCAAGUUGACAGCCAUCAAUCCCGAGAGGCGCCCUUUCCUGGUCAGGGAUGCAGCUUGAAAACACUUUAGUCUUCCCAGCGUUUAUGGAUAAACCGACCGAUUUAGCGACCUCGUUAAUCCGUGACACCAUAGACUGCAGAUCACCAAAACUUGAUGCCAAUAAGGAAUAUCAUCGACAUAGUCGAGAUCAGUCAGUCGGUGUCCGGGUGCAAACUCAACACCGUCACCUUCGUGUAGGGCCCUCCCGAGAAUACAGCCAAUAGCGUAGUUAAACAGAAUAGGCAACAGGAGACAACCAUGUCGAGCGCCAGACCAAAUACCGAACGGUUGGGUAAGAUUGUUGCGGACCAGGACUCGCGCGGUGGUGGAGCGAUAAUAGGCCUUGAUCGUGGCGACGAUUUUUGGCGGUACACCACCUGUCGCCGUUAUCCGCCACAGGGACUCACGAUGGACGGAAUCGAACGCGGCAGCUAAGGCAACAAAGCAGACGGCCGUCGGUUGUUGGUAACUGUGGUGAAAUUCGAGGAUGCGCCUCAGUGUAAAUAUCUGAUCUGCGUAUCCACGUCCAGCACGAAAUCCGACUUCAAUGGGCCUCGUCCUAGAGUCAUGCAUAGCCUGGAAUCGCUUGAGUAGGACAAUAACGAAGAUCGCAGCAACGCCAAUGAGGCUUAUACCGCAGUAGUUCUCGCACCUUGUCUUAUCCCCCUUCUUGAGGAUAAGUACAAGGAUGCCUAAGCCCCAGUCAUCAGGAGCAACUCCGUUUCUCCACGCUUGUUCAAUCACCUCAUGGAGCCAGGACGCCAGGGUGUCGACACAAGACUUGUAGAUUUCGGCGGGUAUACCGUCCUCUUGGGGUGCCUUGUGGUUGCGUAGCUUUCGUAUGGCAUCGGCGAUCUCUCCUUCAGGGGGGGGGGGGGUUGCACGACGCUGGAUAGGUUGGAGAGGGAAGAAACUCCGUUUCAGAGGAGAGCAAGGGCGAAGUAAGUUGGGUAUCGCAGUUGAGAUGGUGCUCGAAGUGCUCACGCCAGCGCUCGACUUUGGCCGAGUUGUCAGCAAUAAAGCCGCUAUUCACGUCGCUAAUAGAGUCAUUCAGUGUAGAGGGCUUCUCCCUCACUCAUCCGCUUCUAAGACGGGACUGAUAGGGUCAGAAGCUGUCUUUUAAUGGGCUGAGGAGCACGUUGAAAUGACUCAUUCUUAAUAUAGUCCAUAUUGCAAGUUCAAUCCAUGCUGGUUCUUGUUCUUUGCUGAGUAAGAUGUGGUUAUAUAGCCUCACCUGAUGGACACAACACGGUUGGGGUUAGGGCAACUAUUUCUCAACCACUCAAAGUACAACCGCGCAUUCCAAAUAGCUUUUCUUUUGCAUACAACUACUUGGCCUCGUCGCCUGUACGUUCCCCGGUCGCAAGUGUUAAAACCCCUAUUACCACCGGUCCUGUAUUACAGGUGGCUGGGGUUUGUUUACUUCACAUCCGACCCUUUGCUGUAUAAAUUAUAUUCAUCGGCAUGCUGCCACGAUGAUAGCGACAGCUACGGUGGCAAUUCAAGCACCUGUUAUUAAGGCCUGAAUAACUUCUUUCGGGCUGAUUUAUCGAAGUGUUUGGAGGAUGAGCUGAGCGAGUCUUGGUCUGCUAGGGAGGACAGUAUUGUUCUCCGUCGGCAUCCGUAUCCCCUGCUCCAUAUAUUACCGUCUUGGUACCUCAGGCAUCAUGUUUGGGAAGAAGGAUUAGGUAGAUUUGCUACCCACCUUCAGAGACUAGGCGGUCCGGUAAACAGCUCCGUUCAACACUGCCUCCUGCCUAGAUCACGCAUACCGUCUGCGGAUGUGCUCCUCUUUGGAACCUCGUCGACGUCUCUUAAUGCCCUCGUCUGCGACCAUGGUUGACAGGUCAUCUAAAACGUCAGCUCACCAAUUCAAACCUCCCGGUAUACGGCUUUCCUUAUAAUUGGUCAUUUCAUUCUGCUUUUGCCGAUAAUUUGAAAUAAGACGUUGACGGGGCCUGAAAACUCCCGCUGUCUGACGGAGUCGGCCUUCCCACCCUCCCGAACGGCGGCUCGGCCACUUGCGCUAUGAUAGACUGUCAUUAGCCUUGCGAGAUCCGAAAUUCACUUAUUUCUGAAUUAGAGCUACGCUUCGCUGUUGGGGGUCAGUGAAAACCCAACUUAGCAGUGUGACGUGGUGGCGAUUGAUGCAUGCGACGCAGUAUGCUGUGCAUGCCAGCGCGGAGAUUUCACAGUGCGAUGUUGGCUCUAACGCGUCUUUGCAUGCGGCCAAUGAGUUUUGGGGAACAGAGAGCACAUGACAGUGCCUCAAGUGAACAUUAUAACUUUUGCAAUUCUGGCUUUGUCUCUUAAGUGACUCCGUAACGUUGCCUUUUCGCAAUUUCUGUUCUCUUCAAGGUCGACCAUGGUGGUGAUGGUGUUUCACAGGAUGCUAUUGCCACAAUUCUGCAAAUGCAUGAUUAA